AUGCAUGUUCGAAAAAAAACAUGUCAAGUUCUCAAGAAGCGAUGAAACGGAAAACAGUUUAACAAGUUGUUUGGUGCUGAAACGUUAUCUGAAUUAUGGCUAUAUUUUCUUCAUUCUCCUAUAUUUUCCUGUUGAUUUGCGUUGUGUUUUCGCCAUGUUUUACGAAUGAUGACUCGGAAGAGAUGGCUUUCAAAAAGUUCCAAGACGACCAGAAUUCAGUGUUUGUUUUCGAUAAUCUCUUCAGUCCAAAGAUACUUCAAGCUUAUUUUAGCRUUGCUUCGCAUGGGAACAUCCAAGGGAUGGUAUCACCUUGGCAAUAUUCGUACGAAGACUACUAUUUUAAAGUGCAGAUAGCUAAUUCAUCGGCCCAUAUCCCUUGGAUCUCGCCUAUUGAACURAAGUUCUUUGAAACUACUAAUGUUUGGAAACAAAUGAAGAAAGUGGCUGAAAAGCUAUCUGGCGGAAAGGUUUAUUAUCCUAAAGAAGCCUUUAUAUCGAUGGUUCGUAGGCAGGAUUUUACCACUGUUGACACAGAAACAAGUCAAGAUGACCCCGAAAUUACAGCAAGACUAUUACUGGCUCCAAGAAUAAAAAAAGACGAUUAUGGAGAAACAGUUUUCUAYAAGAAAAAUGGAGAAGUUCUUGCAGCCAUAUUUCCUAAAUUUGGUCGAUUUUUAUUGUGGAAUUCUACAAUACCUUAUACUUAUAAGCCACCAGCAAUGUCUUAUUUACAGGGUCUGUAUAGUGUUACUGUAAAAUUGACAACAUCACAGGAAAAGAUGAAGCAUAGUGUGAAGAAAACACUGGAACAGUUAUCAGCCAUGAAUAAUUACAAUGAAAUGGAUUUUCCCCUGACUGAUGACAAACCUCUUGACCACAAAAAUGCCAAAGAUCACCUGACAAGAAAAGUACAUGAUAGCCAAGGUCGUGAAAUUGCCUUCUUUGAUGGCUUGAUGACMAAGGGAGAUUUGGAUGCCUURCGACUCUUCUUACUUCAUUAUAAUAGUGCUUAUGCAUAUCAAGGAUAUGAUGAGAGUGCUGAUACCGARCAUGAUAACGUUUCAUGGAUAGUGUCAAUCAAGAUCGCCGAGUUUGUGAAGAGUAGGUUGUGGAAGGAAGUGACACGCGCAUUAGAGUUUUUGAGUGGCAAACAAGGGUGGUUUCCUUAUGAUGUGUCUAUGAAUGUCAUCAGGAAUUCUCACUAUACAAGAAUACAUGAAGACUGUGAGGAUCAUGAGGAUGAAUACACAAUAUURAUGUACUUAACRCCRGACUGGAAGGCUGAGUAUUAUGGUGAAACAGCCUUCUUUGAAGAGCGCAUGCAGCCCAAUGGUAAACCCUACCCUAAGGGUCAUAGGCAGUAUGACUGGCUUACCUCAGUCCGUCCUCGGUAUGGUCGUAUUGUUAUCUUCCGUGGUAUCAUCCCUCACUCUGCAAGACCACCUAGUUCAGACUUCCCAGGGGCUCGGUACACUUUUGCUUGCAAGGUCUCCAAAACAUAUCGUAUAGCCCAUGCCAAAAUGCUCCGUGAGACAAUAGAAGAUGUAGAGCCUGGUGACAAGGACUAUCAGCUGUUCUCAGAUCUUUCAGAUGGAAAGUAUGACAGUCCUUCACCUGACAGGACAGUGGAAUUCCUCAAGUCAGAACUGGCCAAAAGGAAAAAAGAACGGGCUGACAGAAUCCUUGCAAUGAAACAAUCAUUUGUUAAAGCUGUAACAUCAUAAAUCAUUAUUUAAUAAUUAUACUUAUUAAUUCACUGCCAUGUAGUGUUAUAAUCUAUUUAUUAGAUGUAACUGAUUAAUUAGCUAAACAGACAUGCAUAAGCAGGCACGAUUAUUUAACCACAUCAACUCUAUGCAUUUGUUACUCCCGUGGGGGAGGGGAMUCCCUUGUAAAAGUUGGUAGAUCUGCUCGACGGACCUUUUAGGGUCGAAAAUAAAACUCUUGUAUACCUUUUAGGGUCCUGAGCUGACUCCGUACCUUUUAGGGUCAAUUUUUGAACUAAGAAAAAGAAAUUGAAGAAGUUUUAUAAAGAAAUAGAUUUUAUUAACCUCAACAAUCUAUCGACAUUGAUUUUCUACAGUUUGUUAAACUUGAGUUUUUCUCUUGUUAAAGAUKAUAAAAUAAUUUUUAAAAUAAUGGAAUACUAAUAAUGACAAUAAUAAUCAAUAAAUCAUGAUAAUUUUA